ACAAAUAUAUAAAGGGGGUGUCUUUAUUAGCUUCAAGAUAAAUCCUUACUAUUUCUGCACUUUUUUUUAUUAAAUUCAAAUUUUAUCUAAGAGGUCAAUUUUAAAUUUUUCUUUUUUUUGAAAUUCAACAUAACGGAAUAUGAUACAUAUAGGAAGCAUUUAUAUUAAUCAUGCGAUAGAAAAGUAGCGAAUUAAUGACGCGUCCGACGUCUUAUCAGUGAGUCGUUUCCGUGAAGUUUCGCACUGUAUAGUCAUGCGGCACGGGUCGUUAUUCCGGCUGCGUUCGUCUUGUAAAAAUAAAACGAAAAGAAACAAAAAAUACCAGUCAGAAUACGUCCACGGUUCGUUGGCAUCGGUCGAAAGCGUGAACGGUUCAGGGUGCAAAGAAUAAAUGUAAAAAAUUAGAAAUUCGAAAUUCAGUCGGUUCAGAAAUUUCAAGUUUAGAAAAUUGUGUAGUCAAUUUCCAGCAAAGAUUCGUCGAGGAAAUGUCGGCUCGGUUUUAAGAAUAUACAUAACGUGACGUUUUAUCUCGCGGUCAUUUCCGUGGAACGCCACAAUAUCCUCCCGCGUUUCCAGUGCUUCGAUACCUCGUCCCUUCGAAAGUAAACUCGUCGAUCGGUAGCAAGAUAAUAAUGACACACUGGACGUUCCUUCUGCUUUGGGCCCAAUUCUUCUCGCUGGUGUUUUGCGAGUACAAGGACUCGGAGAGCCUUUGCGCUUCCCAGCAAAGAUGCAGCAACUGUCUGCAGACUCCGCGAUGCGUUUGGUGCUCCACAAAGACUUCCCAGGGCAACGGUCCUCUGGUUCGGUGCGUGACCAGAGAAAAGUUUCUGAAGGAGCGUGACCUCUGGUGUCGAGACGAGGACGUCGUGAAAGACCUGAACUCGGUAGAUUUGGUGGAAGAUCGACCUUUGUCCUCGACGAAGGGCACGAAUCCUGUCCAAGUUCAGCCUCAGAGGGUCCAUCUGAAGCUCCGACGAGGAAAGUGCCGCGAGGAAUACCGCGUGACUUUGAAAUAUAGCCAAGCAGAGGACUAUCCAGUGGAUCUAUAUUAUCUUAUGGACUUGUCCAAGUCCAUGGAAUCGCUCAGGGAUCGACUGUCGGAAUUGGGCCUUCAGCUGGCAGAAGCUAUGCGUAACCUCACCUCGAACUUUCGCAUAGGGUUCGGUAGCUUCAUUGAUAAAGUUGUGUUGCCUAUGACCGACGUGCGACCGGAAAGUCUGAAGUCACCGUGCAAGCUGGACAACUCUAACAAACCGUGCGCUUCUCCUUACGGGUACAAACAUCAGAUGCCACUUACCACGAACGUUACUCUCUUUAAAACACGGGUGCAAGAGGCGCCGAUAUCUGGCAAUUUGGACGCUCCCGAAGGUGGUCUCGACGCGAUGAUGCAGGUCAUGGUAUGCACCAAGGAGAUCGGCUGGCGUCAGAAAGCCCGACACCUUAUCGUCUUUUCGACAGACGCCACGUCGCAUAUCGCCGGAGACGGUAAACUCGCAGGAAUCAUCGAGCCGAACGACUGCCUCUGCCACUUGGACAAGGAUGGAUUCUACACGCAUUCCCUUCUCCAAGAUUAUCCAUCCAUAUCUCAGAUCAACACGAUAGCACGAAAGUACAACAUGAACAUUAUCUUCGCGGUCACCAACUACAGAAACGCGACGUAUCAGCUGCUCAGUCGAAGUAUCAGCGGCUCCUCCGUCGGGACGAUCCAGAAGAAUUUGAAGAACAUAGUCACGCUCAUCAGCAGCGAGUAUAAAAAACUGGUGCAGACGGUAACUCUGACGGACGACGCGCCGAAAAUGAUCGACGUGAAAUAUUUUUCUCGGUGCUUGGAGGAGAAUGGCGAAUUAAUGGAGCGACGAGAAUGCGGCGGAUUGAGAGUCGGGAACGUCGUCGAAUUUGAAGUAGCGUUGAAGGCGGUUGAUUGCCCGACGAAUUCCAGCGAGUGGCGACAAACCAUGAAGAUAAAACCGAGGGGCAUAAACGAGAGCAUGACGAUCGACGUAAGCAUCGUGUGCGAUUGUCCUUGCGAUCGACCAGGACAUCCGGGAUACGAGCCAGGUUCGAAAGAUUGCAAAGGAAACGGCACUAUGGUCUGCGGCGUGUGUUUCUGCGACGCUGGUUUCUAUGGGAAGCAGUGCGAGUGCAAGGGAAACGAAGUCGGGGUUGAAAGUAUAGACGCUAUGGCAGAGUGCAAGCCCAACAACGAGACCAACGAAAUCUGCAGCGGUCGUGGAGCCUGCAAGUGCGGCAUGUGCGAUUGCGCGAAGCGCUCCAAUCCUCAGGAGGUCUUCUACGGGAAGUACUGCGAGUGCGAUAACUUCUCCUGCAAACGCAGCGGCGGACUGGUUUGCGGCGGACGAGGCAAGUGCGAAUGCGGUACUUGCAAUUGCUUGCCAGGAUGGGGCGGCAAGGCGUGCGACUGCAAAGAGACGAACAGCACAUGCAUGCCCAGCGACACCGAGAACUCGGAGAUUUGCAAUGGACGCGGCGACUGCGUCUGCGGAAGCUGCCAUUGUCACGAGAAGGACAACAUCCGAUACUCGGGGCAAUACUGCGAGGAGUGCCCUACGUGUCCGGGGCAGUGGUGCGACGACCUAAAAGAUUGCGUCGAAUGCGUGGCCUACAAUACAGGGCCGUUAGUAGAACAUGGCAAAUGCGACGAGUGCCCGCACCAAAUCAAAGUUGUCGACGCGAUCGAAGAGACUCCAGGUAAAGAUCAGGAGACCGGAGCUCGGAUCUGUCGAACGCCUGGCGCCGCUGACUGCACGUUUGUCUUCAAGUAUGAAUAUUUCAGAGACAUUAAGAUUUUCAAGAUUCUCGCUGAGAAGGAAAGAACGUGCCCUGCUCCGAUCAAUGUCGUCGGUGUGGCUGCCGGGUUGGUGAUCAGUACCGUGUUUUUCGGUUUACUGAUUCUUCUCGUUUGGAAGAUAUGGACAACGAUCUACGAUAGACGCGAAUUCGCGAAAUUCGAGCGGGAGCGCGUCUUGGCCAAAUGGAAUCGGGAGGAAAAUCCGCUUUACAAGAAGGCUACGUCGACCUUCAACAAUCCGACGUUCAGCGACUCUACCAAUUAGAUUAAAUGGAUAGAACAAUAAAUCCUCCAGAAGAGAGUUUUGUUUCCUUGAGAUCGAUGGACAUUGUCGCGAGAAUUAUUCUCGCGGAGAAAUAGUUUCGUUGCAUCGAAAGGCACGCGACCCAGGAGGUAGCGCCGCGGCGAACGGGCGAAGCGAAUCGAUGAGGAGGCCAUGUUAGUUAAUUGCUGGUGCUGGCGAGAAGAGGACCGGUCGACGAAAAGAGUGUCUCACCGGUCCUUUUCCUGCUUCCUUGCUCGCAUAAGCCAAACCACUUCUAUCUUCCACUUUUUUCGCAAAUUUCCUACAAAUUUCCCAUACUUUCAUUUCCGAUACUUUUCUUCCUCGUCGCAUUCGAAAUCCGAUAGGACUAGAUUUAGGAAACUUCUAGGUACGGAUUCGAACAUUUCCUCUCCACUUUUAUCCACCCGUAAACGCCGAGUACGAAGAAUUUGCCGGCGCUACGUUGAAUAAAAUAAUAUUUAUUAUACAAAUAAAUUAAACAAAUUCCAUCCACGUCACCGUCCAUGAUCCAGAACUGAACGAACAAAAACUGAACAAUGACGAUAGGCUUGUAUUCUCGCGUUUCUAUUUGGCGCGAGUCUCGAUACCAGGAAGUAGGGAGAACGCGAUCGUCGUAGUCUAAGGGCGGGGAUGAGAGACGAAGGUCGGCGCGCGAUCACUCGUAAAUCAAUUUUAAAUUCGAUCCAGGGAUUUCGCGCGGAGAUAGGUCUUGGCCUCUCGGCCGAUUGUUUCGAAUAUCCUCUGGCCUCGUACUUUAUUGCUGGCUACGCUCGAAGAAGGCAGCCUCGUAAGGAGCUCGUAAAUUCGUCACCAUAGUCGGCUCCUGCUG